UAUGAUGCGAUGGAACGAUAAAUAAUAAAUAAAAAAGUUAUUUUCUCGAUUGCGUGAAUUCACAAAUAAAAAUGUAUGUAAUUUUUGAGUGUUGGGUAUAUAAGAGCAAACGAUAACCUCUCGGCGAAGGUCGUACCCGUUAAUUAAACUUUUUUUGCACGCGUUUUAAGAAAUCACCAAGUUAAUGCCACGAUUUGGGUCAGAUUAGGCCGAUUUCGUACAACGCUCCGAUGCGCCGGUAAUUCUUUUCCCCCAAUGGCUGAAAUUACCGGCGAAUUAUAUCAACAAUAACGUACACUGCCUGUCUACGGUGGUUAGUAUACUACCUCCACGUUCGUUUCGUCACGAACGGUAAUUAUUAUUGUUGGUUAUUUUCUAUUUUGCGUCGCGAUACCGUGCGGGCCGCGUCGAGCUUUUUUAUCGGUCGGAGCGGAAUUUUGUAAUAGUCGGAACAUUGCGUUAAUUCGAUUUUCGACGCGUUCGAAUAUGAAAGUGAUGAUAAUGAGUGACAAUGAGACCGGAAAACGCAAAGGAAACUGUUUGGUACAGUGUGCCCACACCAUCUCGUUUUUAUUUCAUCACUUGAAGUCCAACCAUGACCUGAAAAUGCUGCGAUACUCCGAAAUACCAAGGGAUAUUUCUGGAGAUAGUCUUGCCACGCUUAAAAUCUCCGAGAAUCCCGAAGAUUUCAAGAUCAGCUCAUACUCAAAGGACUCGAAUAACCUGUCUGUAAUUUUUAACCCUCGUAGUACAAAAACGGCCGACAAUAAAUGCAGGAAGAUAUCGAUGCCGUCGGUGUCUAGCGGCCCGGGGCCCCCCGGAACCUACGGAAACUGUCUGGCACCCGUAUCCACGCACGUCAAAUCUAGCAGCUUACCUAAUCACGCUUCCGCUCGGUGGUGUAGCCAGAACUAUAGCUGCGCCGUUUUCGAUAUACUCAGGAUACCACCGGAGGACUUUGCCGCGCAACUCACGCUACUGGACCUGCCGGUGUUCCUCGCCAUCCAACCCGACGAACUUGCCAAUUGCGGAUGGAUCAAAAAGAACAAGCUCAGCGUGGCGCCCAAUGUGGUCGCGUUUUCACGACGCUUUAAUCACAUCAGUUUUUGGGUGGUGCAGGAGGUACUGGCUUGUUCGAAUUUAAAACAGCGCUCGGAAAUGUUGACUUAUUUCAUAAAAAUCUCCAAGAAGCUGUACGAUUUCAACAAUCUGCAUUCGCUGUUCGCCAUUAUUUCAGCCUUGCAAAGUGCCUCCGUUUACAGGUUAUCUAAAACGUGGGCUUGUCUGCAUAAGAAAGAUAAGCAAACUUUCGACAAAUUAGCGGAAGUCUUCUCGGAUGCGAAUAAUUGGGCAAAUUUACGAAGUCACAUUGAAAGUCUGAAGUUGCCUUGCAUACCGUAUUUAGGACUGUAUUUGACUGAUCUUGUAUACAUCGACAUGGCCCACCCACAUUUGGGCGGUUUAGAAUCUCAACAAAGAAGUCUAAAAAUGAACAACAUACUCAGAAUUAUUUCUAAUUAUCAACACUCAGACUACUCACACCUUGCGAAAAUUCCUCAUAUUAUCGACUACCUAAACUCAAUUAGAUAUAUUGAAGAGUUACAGAAGUUCGUGGAAGAUGACCAGUACAAAUUGUCCUUAAAACUUGAACCUCCGUCACCAGCGCCUAGUACAUCGAGUUGUAGUUCCAAGGAAUCGGUGGUGGUGGACCCCACUGCCCUAGCUUCCCUGAAUCUAUCGCCAGCUAAAGCUUCGUCCGGUUCGUUGAGGCUUCAGGCGGCCACAACUAGCGGAAAAUUUAUGCCGGGCCAUCGAAAAUGUCGUAGUUUGGGAACAAAAUUUCGUAGCACAAGUCUUCCUAGAAAUUUCCACACAUCCGGGUAUCUAUCCACUGUUUUACCCCGGCGUAUAUUUAGCAAGAUGCAACAGGUUGGCAGUUUCGACCCAAAGGAUUUACCAAAGACGCUACACUUGCUGGACGAUUCAGAAAUCGAAGACUCGAGAAUGACAGCGUUGAAUCAGGCGAAUUUGCCUUCUCCUACAAACGAACUGCCUUUGCAGGUGUCCCACAGCACAGAAGAGAGCACAACUCUUUUGUCAAGCAUCUACCAAUUUUUUUUAAGAUUAUCGGAAGAUGUUACCAGUUCAAACGAAAAUCUCUGUCCGAUGCAAGGUUGUGUUAGAAGGAAAACCAUAUUGAAAGAAGGAAGAAAACCGACGGUCGCAUCAUGGCAGAGGUAUUGGCUUCAAAUUUGGGCCAAUUCUUUAAUUUAUUUUUCUCCAAAAUCAUUUAAAGGGCACUUGAGAUCCGAUUUUAAAAGUGAUCCUUGCAAAAUGGUGUCACUGCUGGGAUGUCAAAUAGUCUGCGAAGACGCUACUACAGCGUAUCAAGACACUUUUCAGCUUGUUGAUCAUCACAAAGGGAACGUGUACAAAUUUAGGGUAGGGAACAAGACUCAGGUUGAUCGGUGGCGUCAUUUUUUGGAACGGGCAGUUAAUGGGGAACCGACGCCUUUACCCAAUAAUCUUAUGUCUUUUGAGUGAUAUGUAUGUUGAUAUUUAAUUUAUAGUCAUUAAGAAAUCUCAUUUAUUUUGUACAUUGCUCGCAUUUACUGUUAAACGUUUUUUUACUGUUACAUUUUGUAUUUUAUUGAGAAUUAAAUACCGACGAUAUAGCAAGGUA